GGUAGGAUGGGAUGUGAUUAAAAUAAAAGAAAUCAACACAACUUUGAGUAGAACAUUAUGCGGUGCAAAGUCCUCCUCGGGGGUUCUUUCCGGGAUUUGUAAUCUGUAAAAUUGUCCAGAGUGCUAAAGGACACAGUUCUUCGGCAUCGGACGAAUACGAAGAGCAGAUCUCUAAUCAGGAAGGAACAUAUUUCGCGACGGUACCCUCCAGCUGUGCAUAGCGAGUGUGAAUGUUCUACCCCUAGAAGCUGAGUACGACAGGAGUGGUUGCCUAAAUUCGUUGAAUCACGGUUCCCCCGUUGAUCACGAAAUAAUCAUUCAGCCAGCAUGAAGGUUCUGGAAAGUUGUACAUAAUAAGGGUAAACAUUCCAGUGCCUAUCGUAAAGACGAACGACACAAGUCGGAACAAGUGCGAUUUUGCUGUUUGUGUCGAGCGAUAGGCACCAGCAGCAGUGAGUGCGAAAGAGAUAACGAGCGAGUGGGUGCAUCUCGAUUGGAAAGGCAGCGGUCGGCUCGGUGUGUCCCCGGCAGGAGCUGAUCAGCCUUCCUCCCAAAGUGAGCUGUGGAUUGCCGAAAAGUGUCGACGACGAUCAAUCUCAGCCGAAAAUUAGGCAUAGUUUCAAACAGUGCUUAGCCAUUGGCGCUGGCCUUCCUCCAGCGAGCUGCAGUGGGAAAGAAAACAGUGAGCAACAAUGAACAUGAAACCGAAACAACCGUACGGAAACACACGUAAUGUGACGAAAAUAUUAACUGACCGUGCAUACUGGGAUAUGGAGCAUGUGCUUCGGAAGCGCCUCCGAACAGCGCCCCAGUUCGUGGACAACAUCGAGCUCGAGGCGGAACUGCGCGGCCACAAUGGUUGUGUGAACUGUUUGCAGUGGAGCGACAAUGGGCACAUCCUUGCGUCCGCGUCGGACGACUUCCAUGUCAUGCUGUGGGACCCGUUUCGUCACAAGCAGUUACAUGAUCUGGUGACACCACACGAGGGUAACAUAUUUUCCGUAAAGUUCCUGCCGAAACGAAGCAAUUCCCUCUUGGUAACUGGUGCUGGCGACUGCAAAACCUUCGUGUUCGAUAUCAACCGACAGAACGAUUAUCCGAUUCGUCAGUGCAGUUGCCACGCGCAGCGCGUUAAACGUUUGGCCACAUCACCUAGCAACGUGCACAUGUUUUGGUCGGCCGGUGAAGACGGAUUGGUACUGCAGCACGAUCUUCGGCAACCGCACGAAUGCUAUGGACAUGACGCGAACGUCCUGAUCGAUCUGCGGAUCGACAUGGUACUAGCGCCGGAAGUGAAGUGUAUCGCUAUCAAUCCACAACGGCCGGAGCAGCUGGCAAUUGGAUCAAAUGAUAUCUACGCCCGGCUGUACGAUCGGCGGAUGAUUUCUCCUGGCAAGCUUGAUCGAAGUGUGGAGGCCAGUAUCCCGAAGGAUGGCUGCGUGAAAUAUUUUUGUCCGGGCCAUUUGGGGAGCAAGUAUCAGGCGGCACAUCAGCUGGGCGACAUUUAUCAGUACAAAGCGGUCACUUACCUCACAUUCAGCCCGGAUGGCACCGAGCUGUUGGCCAACAUGGGUACGGAUCAUAUCUAUCUGUAUGACGUCAACAAUCCACGACAUCCGCUGUUUCUAGAAUUGCCAAAGUUCCCCAGUACGCCCGAAGGUGGUAAUGCGAAUGAUGGGGAGUGCAAUGGUGGCGAUAAACUAUCUGUUGGGGCAGAGAAGACGAAACACAAGUUCCCACCGGAUGUGGAGCAGCUGAAAAAGGAAGGCAACGCUAGCCUGGAGAAGGAUCAGUUCCUGCAGGCAAUCAACAAGUACACACAAGCGAUACAGAAAGUAAAUGGCAAGGACUGUGCUAUAUUUUACCUAAAUCGUGCAACGGCCCUGAUGAAACGCGGUUGGUACGGAGAUGUGUAUGCUGCGGUUCGUGACUGUCAUACUGCGUUGCGCCUGGAUCCACACUACGUGAAAGCUCAUUUCCGGUUGGCCAAAGCUUUGCUCAAGUUGGAAAAAUCGAAAGAAGCACAGAUCUGUCUAGAGGAACUGGUGCGAAGGUUUCCAUCGUAUGCGAAGAACCCUGGCAUCCUCAUGCUGGAGAAGGAUAUAGGCAUUGAUAUCGAAAAGGCACGACACCGGGCCACGUUGGGUCGAAAUCCGGACCUUGAAAGCGAAAGCACGAACACGGAAAAGGAAAAGUACUGGCGAUCGAUGUCGAUGGACUACGAGCAGCGUUACAUCGGUCAUUGCAACACGAAAACCGACAUCAAAGAGGCGAAUUAUUUUGGAGAUUCUAACUACAUCGUAGCUGGAUCCGAUGAUGGGAAUUUCUUCAUCUGGGAUCGGCACAGCGGUAUCAUCCAUUCGAUCUUUCAAGCGGACGAGCUGAUUGUCAACUGCGUUCAGCCGCAUCCGUUCACCUGUAUGCUGGCGACGAGCGGCAUUGACCACGAAGUGCGCCUCUGGUCACCCCAGUCGCCAGAGAAACCAACCCUGCGACGUGUGCUUAAUGUCGAUAAUGUCGUUGACGAAAAUCAGACUCAUAUGCAGAUCGAUCCGUUCGAUUCGAUUGCACCGGACCAGGCGAUCUGUCGGGCUAGUUAGCUUCUAGCGCAACUGAUCGACAGUAUCAUACAUGUGAUUAAAGCUAGCAUUAAUAAAUUAUUCGCAAGAGUACCGUUUCUGUAACUGAAACGGUGCCGUGGCUGUCUCGAACCGCAGG